AUGCAUUCCUCCGACCCUUGCGCUCGCACCGAAUUGCCAGGACUGGGAAAUCCAGAGAAUCCAUUAUCCCCUGUUUCCAAGCAGGAAAGACUAGACUCACCAACUUCCUUGGAUAAGGAAUAUUAUACAACUAAUAUGCCAGGGGAAUGUGCAGAAACUGGAAGUGAACUUCUUACUCCGAAUAACCGUUCGCAUUCUAGCAAGCGCAAAGGUAAAAGACAUGCUGAAAUGAAAAUCCCAAGAGUACGAAAAAGAAAUACUCUAAAGUCUUACGUUACAGAGGCCUUGGCCUCGGACUCCGAGAUAGGAGACCUAGAUUCAAUUCUGGAAGGUGCACCUCGCAGCAAGAUGCAAUACCAAGACCAACAAACAAGAUCCAGAGGUGAAAACGUAUUAAAUGUAGCCACAACAGCUCCUCCGUCGGAGAACAUCAUUAUGAGCUUAGAUAUGUCUACUGGUUCCUCCAAAGAGCCACAAAUCACUUUGACAAUACCAGCUGCGUUCAAAAAAUAUAAUAUUACUAUCAUUCACGGUAACACCACUUCAAACUAUACAGUCAAUGGUGAAGCCACUGCUUCCACACCUCGACACGCACCAGAGCAAAUUUCGUUUAAUGCUUUCAAGAAUCUUCCUGUAAAUCCAACAGCAAGCGAACAGUUCUUGAAGUGGGGAUCGAUGGGUUGA